AUGGCAAAGAAUAACACAAUGAGUGAUUUCAAGAGUAGAGUUAGCAGCAGAAGCAUCUAUGCUUAUGUUCUUUGUUUAGUGACCUUGGCAUUACUAGUUUGUGAGUGUUCAGCAUAUGGUGCCUUUUGGAAUGCGAUUCAUGCCUCGGUAAGAAAUGACAUAUCUGAUAAGACGGUCCUUACAAUUCAUUGCAAAUCAAAGGAUGACGAUUUGGGUGAGCAUAAACUUGCAUAUGGUCAAUCUUUCAACUGGACGUUUCACCAGAACUUUAUGCGUUCAACAAUGUUUUGGUGUUUCAUGUGGUGGACUGAUUCAACUGGAAAGACGAUUCAAGGUAGCUAUGAGGUUGUUGUAGAAGUUGAUGACGAUUCUUAUUUGAGGAUUGAUACUUCCCUACAGUAUGCAAACGAUUUGAUAUUUGGAAGUCAGGCGGAGGCAAAGGAAUGGCUUAUGAACAAGGAAAAAUAG